AGUUACGUUCGGUACUGAAAACCAUCUUACCGGUUCGUUGCCCUCGACGAUAGGAGAUAUACCGUUGCUGAAAUCGCUGGGAUUGAAUGACAACGAGCUCCAGUACGGUCUACCAGCAGAAUUGGCAAGACUUUCAAUAUUGAGUGACAUCGAUGUCUCCAACAAUUAUAUUGAGAGCAUCCCCAGUGAGCUUUUUUCCAUGAAUACGAUAUUGGCCUCGGGAUACCAUUGAUAUACCUUGACCUUUCGGACAACGUGUUUACGGGCAAACUGCCAUCCGAAAUGGGUCAGCUGGUGAACCUGGAGUUUUUGUACCUCAACGACAACAAACUGGACGGAACGAUUCCAUCGGAACUCUCCGGUUUGUUCAUGCUGCGAGAAAUCGACCUUUCGAGCAACGCUUUCUCCGGGAGUGCGGAUUCCCUGCGCGGCGAUCGGCCGAGCUGGGGAAACGUCAUCGACACGUACACGGCGGACUGCCUGACCGGCAACAUGACGUCUUCUUGCGCAACCAACUGCAGCAACGAGCAAAACCAUUGCUGUGGUGUCGAAACGACAGGCUGCGUGGGUGAAGGAGGAAACCAUUAAAACGGGCUAAGGGACGAAAUGCAUACAAUGUUCCAGUGCUGGACCAGCCCAUCCUUCCGUCCCGAGCACAAAAAUUCGAACGAUGCGUUGUCGUCGACACGACCUAUUCACAAAUUUGAUGUUCUAACACUACGCGAAAUAAUUGACAGCUACGUAAAACAAAUGCAUCGGAAUUCCCAAGUCGCUGUCGUUGGGAUCAGUUCCAACUGUUUUUUUCGACGUGACUGGUCAUUCUUGAAGAAACCAUGAUUCAGUUUAUUUCGGUUCUUUUCGUAGUCCGUUUAGCCCCACAAGUACUGCGAUUAAAUGUCAAUUGUUAUGCUUGAGAAAGUGAAAUAAUGCAGGGGAUCACGGGUUUGGUAAACUCUUUUUGAAAGAUUAAUACAUAAAGAGGGAAGUCCGACUCUGAAAAAACAAUGGAAACAUUCUCAAAGGAAUGCCGACUUCAGAUUUUUGAGUGAAAGAUAAUUAGAAACUGAUGAGAAGACACACUAAAUAACACAAUAAUUAUACU